GUGUCAAUUGUCAAAAAAAAAAGUAAUAGAAUAAUAAAUAAAUGGUGUGUUGAAUAAUUUGACUUUGUUAGAAUGUCUGACGAGCGUAGUAGGAAGAUGAACCGUUCGAGCACAGGAACCGUGCCCAAAAUCAAAUGCAGGAAUAACACUUCGUCGCGUGAUAGUCCCCGCAGUUGGACCAACAACUUGUCGGGCGAUUUCCACCGUCUCAAUCUAUCUGACUACUUGAGGAAUUCCAGACGGAAUCAUAGCGCUAUGAAUGUUGGUACCGUCGAAGACCAACGUUUGGUGAACGGUUCCAUCACCCCCAACACUAGUUCAUCCACUUCACGUCGGAAUUCCUCAGGGACGGUGCCCAAAUGCGACAACAUCACAAAAUACCCCGACAAGAAACAAAUUGAAGACAAAUUGAGCCAAAUCCAGGAGUAUCUUCAAAUUACGACUUCGCUCAUGUCUAGUAUGAAAAAUACAGAUGAUCAGCGGAAAAAUUUGACGCAAAUGAUUAACGAUUUGAAAGACAGUGAGACAAAAUUGGUCAACAUUUUAGGAAAUAUUGAGACGGAGGAUGAACAGAGUGACAAUGAAGCAGUUGCUGCAACAUCACAUCAUAAUGACCUUGAUGAGAAAAUCGAUCAUACAAAUCGUGAAAUGGAGCUUUUAAGAGAUCAACAAAUGUCACUGUUGAGUUUACAACAAAAAGCUGAAAAUAAACUAAAAGAUGCUCGCCAGAUACAAGAAAAACUAUUAUCGGCGUCACAAUAUGAUGUAAACAGUAGUACCAACCAACGUGAUAAGAAUUUGAGUAGUGUGCAAGACUUUGACAACGCAAUUCGUGAAUUGGAAGAGAGAACUAAAAGACUAAAUGAACCACGAGGUUCAAAUUCGAAUCUUCAAGAUAAGCUUUUAGCUGAGAUGGACAGUUUACAAAAUCAGAUUGUUACAAUGCAUAACAUCAACGAUGACAGAAAUCAAUUGAUUCAAGUUUUAGAUAAUCGUGAUACUGAAUUGAGAGCCCAACAUUUAGAAUUACAAAGUAAAUUAAGUGAACUUCAAAAUAAAAAAUCACAAGUUGAUCAAUUAGUCGCACAAUUACAAGUUUUAGAAGAUACUGAUGAAGAUGAUGUUGGAGCUCAAGUCAGAAGAAUUGUUACAAUGAAAGAACAAUUAUCGAAAUUGAAAGAUAUGUUGGAAAUUGUCAAAACGACUGAAACGGUAAUGCAAAAUGCAUCACAGGAAGAACAAGAUCUAGCAUGUGGGAUUUGUACAAAAGCAGAGAAUUUUUUACAGAAAGAUGGCGAGAAAAAAAGGACAUCAUUGAAUAAACAAGUAAAUAAGAAUACAGGUUGUGGUGGUGCUAAACCUAAAAGUCGGACAAAUAGUAAUAAAAUGGCACUUCAAGUAGAAUUAGAGGCAAAGAAAAGGGAAUUAGAGGAAAUCAUGGGUAAACAUAAAGCUGGUACAUCAAACUUAAAUCACGAUGUUGGCACUGAUAAUAAAUCAGAAUUCAGUUGUUCAAGUAACGCCUAUUUUGAUUGGGCACCAAUCAUGUCUGAUCAUAAUCGAUUUGAUUCAAGUGACAGUGAUGAAUAUUCUGACCCGAAUCAACAAUUUGUUCUUCCAACUCUAUCGAAAUCUGAGCAUGAUUAUGUUCAUUUGCAAGAUACUGAUCGAUUAUCAAGUAUUCCUCGAACACCUGAACGUCGCACUACCAGCGAACAAGGAGGGGGUAAAAAUCAAGUACAGAAACAAUUAGAAUUGAUACGAAGCGUCUGCGAUUCCAUGUUGGACCAACAACGAAAUAAUUUGACUCCGAAUUCGUUAUAUUUUGAACCGAGACCAAUGAUUGAUCCAAAUUAUCAAGGGUGGUUGGCAACAAAUACUCUUCAAACGCAAGCUUUCAUGUUGAAUACACUGAAUCAGUGUUGUCAAAUGUUGUGGUUGCAACAACGCGAAUUGAUUUCAUUGAGACAGACUGUAAAUCAAUUACAAGAACGUUGUGAUUUUGGGAAUUUAGUUUCUUCACCUUUACAAGCCGAAAAUCGAUCGAGAUCUAAUCAAAAAGUGAAUCAAGUAGCUGCGGCUUGUUCAAUGCCAAAUUUAAAUCAAUAUAAUAUCCCACCUUCCGUCAAUCUUGAUCCUACAUCUUAUCAGAAUAAUAUGCAAAAUGCUCGAUUGCUUGAUCAUUGUUUAAAUAAUGCAAAUUUAACAACGAGUGAUCAUAAUAAUAGUAUGUUGCAUGCUGUCAAUGCUAAUACUAACCAAAUGCCGAGUCAAAUGUGGAAUGGACAAGCUCUAAAUAACCAAGUUGCACCUGGAAAUAGAGCUAACAAUUAUUGGGACAACUUUAGAAGUUAUUCCCGCCAAAAUCUCCUCUCAACGAAAAGUAACGAAGGUUUCCAAAAUAUCUCUAAUAACCCCUUUACGUUGGUAACAACACCAAAAAGUAAUUCUGAUCAAACUUCAUCACAAGAAAAUACACCUCGGAGAAGAACACAGUUUCAUAGAAAUAAUUCAGCUACUGCUGUACCACCUGACGUUUUAAACGUCAAUCAUAAUGUCAAUAAAAUCGAACAAUCGACCAAUCAGAGGAACCUAAACGAGUGUGAUGAGACAAUUUCAGAAGAACAACAGAUUUUCAAAGAAUCGACAAGUCGACGCAAUGAAUGGCACAAAGAGCAAGUUGAAGAAGAACAUCAUACAAAAUCGAAAUUGUUUGAAGAAUUGCGUGAAAACGUCUACAAAGAAGUCGUAACUCUUAUUUCGGCCAAUGAGACACGUCCUCAUUUUCUAAUUCAAUUAUUUCGUGAUUUACAAAUGAUUAGUUCGGAUCCGUUACGACUUAAAAUCCUACAAUCGAUUCAAACAAUAAUUACGCAUAAUUUAAUUUCAUCAAGUCACACAAAUAGACAAGUCCUUGAACAAAACGAACCGGAUUUUUCAUUACAAUCAACCGUUUGGUCAAAAACCGUUAAAAAUUCUACAGUUACGUCACGUAACACCUUGGAUGAUAAUGUAGUGAUAAAAGAAAUAAUUCCGUUUCUUAAUGACCACGAAGACGAUGUAACAACUUUGGCGUUUUUGUCAACUUUGAAGCAAGUUUUGCUUGAAUCUGAAUCGUUUCAAGAAACGGUUCGAGAUUCGGUGUUUAAGAAACACUUUUCGAACGUUUUAGAUGAAGUUUUAGCGCAGUAUCAAGGCAAAAAGGUUCGUGACGUGAAAAUGCAUUUAAUUCAAACCGUUAGCGAUUUGUUGAGAGGCGAAUUGUCUUUCAUUCAAUUGAUUCAAGAUACGUGUCCUGAUAGUAGCGAGACAUUUGAAACAAUAAACGUGGUGAGCAAUCAAGAGGUGGUGAUACAAAACGGUGACUUGGCCGAAGCCGAUCAAGGAAGAGAUGAUGAAGAGGAAGAAGAAGGAGCGGUUGGGGGAUUUUGGGAUUUGCCAUUAGAAGCUUCUAUGAAUGGUGAGGAAAUAGAAGUGCCAUCUAUCGAAUUUCAGAGUAAUGCUGAAGCACAAACACAGUUUAUUAAGCAAGGUUUAGAUCAAGUGCCGACUCGUUUGCCAACAAAAUCGCGUUCUAAUACUCCGAGUAAAGAUCGGUCCACUUCGUCACGUUCCGAUCAUCCUGAUUUGUUUUAAUUUAUUUUCAAUAAAAAUCCAAUAAACCCUUCAA